AAAACGUUCUGAAAGAUGAUACCCAUUUCGCAAAAAAAGUCCAUACAAAAUCGGCUAGUCCGGUCCUCCUGUGUAACUCUUACCCCUAUUUUAUCCCACCUCCGGUCACCCCGAUUUUCUUCUAUACAGCUCAAAAUUUCAGAGAACGAACUUACGGAUCAUACGAAAGAGUACCACGGCGGGCGGGAGGCGAAGUCAAAGACGACGUAUAAGGUUACUGUGGCUGACGUCAGAUUCUGAUCACUCCCAACUGGUGGUCACUUUUUGAAUGCACUCUCUCCAACUGUGUAUUUGUUGUCUGAAUUACUUCCGGCGGUCUGGGUCGUCUCGGAUUCAUCAUCAUUUUGAUUCUUGAUGAGGUUGUUUCUACACGACUGAACUUCCCAACCCAAUAUAACGGAUUGAUUUUCAGCUGUACGACAGAUAUCCCCGUCCCGAUCAAAGUACAUCCGUUCGCUAAAUCAGGCUCUUGGUGGUAACCAAAUACUCUAAAAUGAACAAAGUUUCCCGUCCAAUACGAUGCUGUCAUGGUUCGGGAUUUCUCUACCUAGACAAACAUAACAAAUAUCGGAAGUGUUGGCCAUUUGGCCCACUGGGUUGGAAAAAACAUGGUAAGGAGGAUCUAGAGUUCAAACAACAUACCGCAAACUUAGUUUUGAAGAAAGUCAUGGAAAAGUCAGAUUUCACACUGGAAAACCUUAUUGAUCAGCUAAGAGAUACUGUACCUGAAGUAAGAGCUUCUUAUCCAGAUAGCGCACUAGAGCAAUUAGACGACGAGGAAGUUAUAACCUUGUUGGCUGCAGACACAUGCCUCUUUAUCAUGGUAAUCUUCUCUAUUCUUGAGGCUGAACUGGGUUUUCCAGAGGAGCAUCCCAUUUUUGGUCAGGGAUGUGUGCAAAACCAAAUGGAGCAAUGGCUUAGUUCCAUAUUCUUUGUUGGUAACCAGAUCCCUUUUUGCUUUGUGGAGAAAUUAAUGACAUCGCUUAAGUACUUGGCAGCUUUGAGAGGGGAAAUUAUUGGUCAAGGUAAACAGCCUUUGGAAAUGUUAGAGAGAACAUUGCUUGAGUUCGUGACGAAUGACCACUUACCUGCAUUGAAACCAGUGGAUGUAUUGCAGUUUCUCCGAUCAAUUAUUCUUGGACCAAAGUCAGCACAACUCCACAUCUGGGUGGUCAAGAGUAAUGACAUAGUAGACGAAUCUGAGCCACAGUUAUCUGCUAGUGGCUUGUCUAAACAAGGCUAUGUAUUUAAGCCACUACCAAAGAAAUGCGGAAGUAGGGAGAUCAAAUGUGAGAAUCAAUGGGGAAAGGUGGUUGUUUACUUGCCUUUCCUUGAGGUUGUUUGUACCACUUGGCUAGAGUUGAUGAUGAAAAGUGUUCAAGAGUUUGAGCUUGUUCAUCAAAACGAUGCCGAUGUUUUUCAACUUGAAUCUACGUGGUAUUUUAACUUGUUAAGUAAUCUUGUUCGCUCGCAAGAUGAUGUUCAAAUCCUUGAAUCAAGUGGUAUAGUUAGAGGAGUGGGCCUUGAGUGUUUGCCAAAAAUUCUUCGAGGCUUCUAUAGAAUGCCUCGAUAUGAUCCUCGAUGUUGUGGUAGAGAAGAAAUCCAACGAUACAAACCCCGACUAAACAUGUUGCAGAAACUCACAUGGUGUAAAAUCUUCUCCUUAGCCAUUAUAAUUUCAUUAGCCAGUCUCAGUGUCUCAUCGUUGCAGGUUGGAUUUAACCUUCAAGGUUUCCAAAAGCAUCACUAAUCAACAGGCGGACAGCAGAGAGGUAAGCAUCGCCAACUUGUGUUAUGGGUUCAUGAUCUUAAAAUUUGCUUACUGGUUGACUAAAUGAAGUUUUCCUUCCAUAUGUAUAAUAAACUUGUUUGCUAUUGUUUUUCUAUUUGGCAGGGAGAGGGGAUCAUGGGAGGCAUGGCUAGUGCCGUCUCAUUUUCUUGCAUUGAUUUUGCACACAAGAAACAGGUUUAGAGUGAUAAUAUUCUUCAGCCUUUGCUCUUGGGGAGGAACAUCAACUUAGCCUCUUAGGUACCGUUACUUGAGUAAAUAAUAUACAGUAGUGGUGAUUCUAAAGUGAGUUAAUUGUAUGUAGGUCAACAUUUUUCAAUGGAGCGUCGAUGAAGUAAAUUGUAGUGAAAUGAAAAAUUUUGAAUGCUGUGAGAUUUAUAGCCUAGCAGAAUUACCCCCCACUCAUUACAGAUUGCGAGCCAUAGAUAGUUGUGCUUUGUAUAUUAGUGUAAAGGAUGGCGAACUCAUAAUUAUAGGUAUAAUGAAUAUAAUCACUUCUCAUAGCUUUUCAUGUGGUAUUACAUCUAAAUUUUUAGGCAAUGGCAUAAC